AUGGUAGCGACGUCGGGCUGCUCAGAAGACUGGGAUGGGAAUGAUGAUAAGCACAUUGAUUUCACUACUUCGUCCACUGGCUUGUUGACUGAAGGCACCUCUAAAACUCGAGAGAUCUCCUUGCGGAAAUACAUCGACAUUCGCCUGAUAUUCGAAGGAUUCCUCGUGUUUUGUCUCUUUAUCACCUUGGUGUCUAUUGGGCAGAAUUCCAAGGAAUCAAACGCAGCUAAAAAAAGCAGCUACGGGCCAACACUACCACGGAAACCCGUUAUCUUCGGUAAUACAGCGGGAUUUGGACCGGACAUCGAUUAUCAAGAUCCUCAGAUGUUGCUGAAUGCUACCCGGAUGCGAGAGAUUCAUAAAAACUGGCAUAGCCUAUUCCCGCCGGGUCGUGGCUACGUUACCGUUUCGGAAACUGAGGAAUUUGAUGUCCUUCAUCCCCCAUUUAAGAUGGACAAUGUCUUCGAAGAAGGCGAUCACUACGAAGGACAUAUCUUGGCGGUCUAUCACCAGCUACACUGUCUGUCCAUCCUCAUGACCGCUAUGGGAACUUCGCGGGAAGAAUGGGCGAUGCUUGAGAUGGAAAAGCUUGAGCACCGCGCUCACUGCGUGGAAUAUCUGCGACAGAGUAUUCUAUGUUCGGCAGAUACAACUUUGGAAGGCGAGACUGGGGCAUGGGCUAGAAGCACAGGCUGGGGUCAGACACAUUCUUGUGUGGAUUUGGAUGCUUUGACAGCGUUUGCCAAUGAGCGAGCGACUUGGGACCUGACUGAGAGAUUGCUACCAGACAGUUUUGAUGCUCUCAAGGUUCCUGGUCAUGAUGACAACUAUGAGCAAUAA